GCGCAUCAGGUCGGAGCCCCCAGGACGUUCGCUACCAUCCAUUUUUCAGUCCUCUUCCCGUCAGGAUCGAUCACAGACGAUCAUGCUCGCCCUACACGGCUUUCUCGUUAUUGCGGCCUGUCUCGUCACCGUCGCGAUUCCUCCUGCGCUGGCCAAAGCGGUCUACGAUCAGCGACAGACCGGCGAUGUGAACGUGCAGAUUGACCUGAAGGACCUGCAGGUGAUUGCGCUGGUCAAUUCCGAGCUCCUGGACGAUUAUACGGAUUACGAUUACUUGUACGAUUACGCCGACUUUACCAUCAAGCCACCGGGAAACAGGCCUAUCGUGAGCUCCACAACGGAGAAAAAUGAUGUCACGCAAAUUUUCGAAUCGCUGCCGUCACAAAAUUCAACCGUCUCGACGUCUGUUAAUAAUACAAGCCCGACCACGAGCGACAUAACGCUAUCCGAAGGAGCCCCAAAUGCUAAUCCAUCGAAUGGUACCGAGAACGACAAGACGCCGUCCAAAGACGAAGAGAUCCCGAACGCUGAUCCGUUGAUUGGUAUCACGAGCUUGACGCCGAAUGCGGAUAACGAUGACAAUAAGAGUCAACCGGGCGAAAAGGAAGCUGGAACCAGAACAACUCCUUCGACCACGGUGAAAUCCGCGCACGCCGUGCGGUCGCAAAAGCGCUGCAAAUUUGGAUAUGUUCCGAACGGCAACGGUCGCUGUCGAUCGUGGUUGAAUCGCUUGUUGCCAUGAGUACAACCGCGUGAGUAUGACCGGAUGCCUCACUCUGAUCGAUCGGUCCUCCCUCGAUCGACCGGAUUCAGAUGGCAAAAGUUAGAGGAGUAAAUUUGGAAACGAGUGUCCUUUGAAGGUGUGCCAUAUAUGCAUCGAAUUUACGCCAUGUUUGCCUUCACAUGGUGAAACAAUCCCACGUUUUGCACUUUUCUAAUACGAUAAUUAUCUCCGAGUACUUGACGCGCUUCCUUAUUUUUUUUCACAGUUCCGGACAAAAGAAUUUUCCUAAAAGAGGUAAUAUAUGAUUAAAAGUAUACAGGAAGAAACGCAAGCACAGGCAUAUUCUUAGAUGUAUUU